AUCCCCCACCCCACAAAAAAAGAAAAAAAAUGCUGUUUUCUUCGACUCCCCGUCUCCAAAACGCCCUUUUCUACUACCAAGUUGAAAACCCAUUAAAACCCUUCAUUUUCCUCCAUCUCAAUGGUAAUCCGGACCAAAAGCUUACCGGGUUGGCGUUGAACCGACCCAGAAAAUUUCGGGUCCUUUCUUCGGUGAAAUCUUCGCCGCCAUCAUCAUCAUCAUCAUCUUCUACGGGUUAUUGUUAUUUGAGUGACGAUGAUUUCGAUGUGGAAUUGGGUCGCUUAUUGGCACUGUUGCCGGAGGAAAUGCGUCGGAGAAUUAGUGAACAUCAGGAGCUCCACCACCUAAUUGAGGUGGUCAUGGAUUUGGGUCGGAAACCGCUAGCCCGCUUUCCUUCGGGUGACUUUGUCUUAUGGGAUCAUCCCAUUACUAUGGAAGACCUUGAUUAUGCUAUUUCUCAGGUUGGGGACUUUGCAGUUGAUAAUAGAGCAGGAGUUAGCAGAACUUUGCAUCGAAUUAGUGCUAUUAAGAAUAGGAAAGGUUCUAUUAUCGGUCUAACCUGUCGAGUUGGCCGAGCUUUAUCUGGAAGUGCUAAUUUACUCAGGGAUUUAGUUAAAGAUGGAGCUUCCUUAUUGCUUAUUGGCCCUCCAGGAGUUGGAAAAACCACGAUUAUUAGGGACAUAGCACGGAUGCUUGCAGAUGAUUACGAUAAACGUGUCAUGAUUGUUGAUACCUCAAAUGAAAUUGGUGGUGAUGGUGAUAUUCCUCAUGCAGGGAUUGGAAAUGCUCGGAGGUUGCAAGUUCCUCAUGCUGAUAUGCAGCACAAAGUGUUGAUAGAAGCAGUCGAAAAUCACAUGCCACAAGUGAUUGUGAUUGAUGAAAUUGGUACAAAGCUUGAAGCAGUGGCUGCAAGUACAAUUGCACAGCGUGGAAUUCAGUUAGUUGCGACAGCUCAUGGAGUAACAAUAGAUAAUUUGGUAAUGAAUCCUGCACUAGACAUGCUUGUUGGUGGAGUACAGAGUGUGACCCUAGGGGAUGAAGAGGCAACUCGUAGGGGUGUUCAGAAAACAGUUCAAGAGAGAAAAGGACCAUCAACCUUUAGCAGUGCAGUGGAGAUAAUUUCCAAGACAGAAUUGCGAGUUCAUCGUAGUCUAGAGGCAACGGUUGAUGCCAUUCUUUCAGGUCGCCACCCAACUUUUCAAGUUCGCAAGAUCAAGGGAAUAGAAGAUGGAGGAGAAGAUAAUUCAUUGUAUCAUGAUCCUUUAGACUUGAAAACUGACAGUAUGCUUGAUGAUAAUGCAUUGAUGGAUGAUAAUGACCUAUCUGAUCAUGAUGAGAGGUCAUUAGAAUCUCAUCAAAGCAAUGAGGAGAACUCCUCUGAAGAUAAGGAAGCCCUUUGUUUAUUUCUGUAUGGGGUCUCUGAGGCGACUAUGAUACAAGGGAUGAAACAAUUAAAAAUAGAUGAUGCCAUUGAGUUCACAGAUAAUAUCAGUGAAGCAGAUGCAAUGCUAGCCAUGCAGUCCAAGCUUAAAAAGAAUUCUCGAAUUCAAGCUGCUGCACAUUCUCAUGGCAUUCCUAUUUAUGUCACGAAAGCAAGCUCAUUUGCACAGUUAACAAAGGCUAUUCAGGCGUUAAUAACUGACUAUAAAGAUGGUUUUCGCUUUGCUGAAUCUCAAGCUACGGUGAAUGAGUCAGAAAAGAUUGAUGCGCUGGAGGAGGCAAGAACAGCUAUAGAGACAGUUGUAAUCCCAAAAGGGGAAGCAGUGGAGCUACUCCCUAGGCCACUGAAUAUAUUGCUGCUCCAGAAGGAUCUUAUCCGUAAAUACAAGCUAAAUUCAGAGAGAGUUGGUGAACCUAACGCGAGGCUUCGAAUUCUUCCCUUUCAAAGCGCAACACAUGAAGACGGGCAUUCUGAUGACGGUUUGGAUGAAGAUGAUGAAUUACUAAAGCCCGCUGCUGAAACAAAUGGUUCGCCUUAUACUAUGGAUAGGCUGCCUCUCCUGCCUGAUAACUAGGCAUCAUAUUACCUAUCACAAGUUUCUCUUUAUCUUAGAGCAGACUUUGACAUUUGUUGGUGCCCAUAUCAUGUUUCUGUUUCUGAACAGGGCAUAGAAUCCCCAGACUCUUUACAAUGACCAAUUCCUAGUUUACAUCACAUUGUCUCCAUGAUAUUCUAUAUUCAAGUCAGAUUGAGGUAUAUAGCAUAGAAAGGCCCUUACAAUAUCAAUCAAGUUUUUGUAUUAUCGAAAUGGGGUGAUAGAGAGUGACGGAAUCACUUUCUUCUCCAAUACUGGAUCCCGUCCUUCUCAUUGCAGUUCCUAAUGUUCAUCCGCCCUAUUCUUUUUAAUUGCCGUCCGGCAUA